GUUAACUUCUAACCUCGUUCGCAUUUGAAUAAAAAAAUCCCUGCUAUAUUUCUUUUGCAUACAUAAAAUCCUGAAGCAAACCAAAAGCCUUUGCCAAUUUAAAAAUGUAAAAAAGCCCGCUACUUCCUUUGCUUCUGUCUCUUUCGCAAUUUCAAAUCCAGCCUUCUACUUUAGGAGAGAUCCUCAAAAUACCCUUUUCAGCAAAACUUCUACAGCUUCUUCAAAUUUGGGGUUUUCCAGGAAAUGGAAGAUCAUGCUGAUUCUUCCAUGCUUUCUAAUGCCUUGUUAGUGCCAGUAAAGAGGAGCAUUGAUGAUUUGGAGGAAAGACAUGAAAUUUCACCUAAGAGAACCAAAAUGACUGAUCUUAAUUCUGUCAUCUGCUCUGAAGAAAACAAUGCCCAAAAUUCCAAAUCUUUAAAAAGAAGAGAAUCUAGACACCAAUUGCAGUUAAGUGGAGAAGAGGUGGAGGUAUCUCAAGUUACUGAGGUACCAAUAAACUUCAACUUUGAUAGUUAUAGAACUAAUGGGGAAAAGUUGUUGGCAGUGGUCCAUCCUGUCUCUCUUUCUCUUGAUCUCAACACUGAGAUUUGCACUGCUAUCAAUGAAUCCUCUGAUAUCAAUCCGGAAUGCGAAGAAAACUUCGACAAAUUGUGUUCACAAGAGAGUCGUUGUGUAACCUCCAAUGGAAUUGGCUUGGGUUUGAAUGUGGAAGAUGUUUGUAGCUCGAUAAACCACGAAUUAAUUCAUCAAAAACAUGACAAGAGUUCGAAGACAAGGAAUGUUUCUGACUGUGGAAGUUCUCUUGGUCUUGUGGGGGAGAAAGACUCAUUGAGGGUUUGGAAAGAGAUGAAGCAAAAUGGUUUUCUUUCAUCUUCUCAUGGAGGUUUAUCUAUGCAAAGUGGUUUGGUGUCAACUUCUCAUGGUGGAAGAUCAGUUCCGAAGCAUUGUGGGAGGAAAAGUAAGAAUGAUACGCUCAAGAAGAAGAUGGAACUUGCAAAGAAAGAACAGGUUGACAGGUUCACAAAAAUUGCUGGUCCAAGUGAACUGCUCAAUGGAUUAAACCCUGGGAUUGUAAAUCAUGUUAGAAAUAGAAAACAGGUCCAUUCCUUAAUAGAUGCCUUGGUAAAGUCCGAAAAACUAGAAAAUUUGCAUCCUGGAAGCAAACAGGCAAGUCAUGUCCAGAGUGGAACUAAAGAUGACGAUGGCAAUAAGUAUCAGGGAAGUAUGGACGGUGAGCCUCCCAAUAUUACAUCUAUAAGCAAUAAAGCAAGAGGUUAUCCAGUGCCAAUGCAUAAGUCAAUUUCCUCAACAAUAGAAAAAAAAAGUAGAAAUGGUGAGUUAAGCAUGUUAAGCCCACUCGGUGAGGAUGAUACACUCACAUUGAAGUUGUCAUCAUCAACGAAGGCGUUUGAAAGUGCUGCUUGCUCUUUGUCUAAUGAGGAAUCAGCAAACAUUACCAGUGCCACUUCUCUCUCAGUAAAAGCUGCAACUGUCGCAUCUCAAUGGUUGGAACUUCUUCAGCAGGAUAUUAAAGGGCGUCUUUCUGCACUGCAACGUAGCAAGAAAAAAAUAAGAGCUGUAGUUACUACAGAACUACCUUUUCUCAUAUCAAAAGAAUUCUCCUCUAACCAAGGGAGUGAUCCCAAUGUCAAAAGAAAUGCUGCUGAUGGAUUUUCCCAUGAUGCUACUGCUGAGAUGCAUAGAGCAAGAUGGAGUGCAAUGUUUGAUCGGAUGGAUAAAGCUCUUUCUGAAGAAGAGAAACAACUAGAAGUUUGGUUGAACCAAAUAAUCGGGAUGCAAUUGCUUUGUCAUCAGGGCUUGCAGCAUAUGCAUUGGAAUGUACUUUACAAUUUGCCACAACAAACAGUAUCAGGAAACAACAUCAGAUCAGGGAUCGGGGAUAGCUUUGACCGGGAAUUGGCUGUAAUGGCAGCUGCAGCUUCCAUUUAUUCAACGUGUGAUUUCAUGUUGUCGAAGGAGAAUGUACUCCAAACCUAGAUUGAAUUUUCUUAAUGCUAUCCUAGUAACAGCAAUGUUCAUUAACCGCAUACUAGUUUGAUAUAGCGUUGCUGGGUUGUGAAUUUCUAAUAGAACUGGGCAGGCAGUGCCUUGGCCUGUUGGUUAAAUGGUAGACUUACAACUUUAGUUCCUUUUAAAUAUUAAAUCCUUUUAGUGUCUACAUUAAAUAAAUAAAAAAUUAUAUUUUUGUUUAAAA